UCUGGGCUUGGAGCGAGACGUUGCUGCCUUUUAGUCGACUUCCCGACGGGAUAUAAAAGCCAAGGAGCGAAAAUCGGAGUUUAUUCACACAGUUUUGGAUCGGAAUCUAAUCGAAAAGGAGGAGGAUGAGUGCCAGGUGUUCACUGAAGAGCUCCUUAAAGCGUUAGAAGGUGGAAUUUGUGGCCUGUUUUGCUCGUGCAGUGGAAGUGCAGGGCUGAAGUGUGGACUUGGAUGGGAUUGUUUAUCGCUUCAGCUCCAUCACUGGCUGGACGGUUUGGAGGAAAAAUUGCGAUUUGAGAGGGAGGAAAAGCAGGACUGAAAUCUUCUCAGGGUUUCAGGGAUUCUCUGAGCAGCAUUUCCUGUCUUUAAGCUGAGCAGGAGCUCGGUAGAUGGUGGACAGAGCUGAGUCUGGACAUACUUGCAGCAGCCACACGGAUUCCUUUCUUUCUUUCCUUCCCUUCUCUUCCCUUCCCUUCCUGUCUUCCUUCCACUUUUCCACUUUUCCCCCUCACUGUCUGCAAUUAUAAAAUAAUGCAACCCUUUGUGCAUAAAAUAAGGAGGAAACAGUGCUGUUAUUCUCCACCGUUACCGGCGUCAGGAUGUUGAGCUAGGACUUGAGAAGUUCAUGAAGGUUGAUGAAUGAGUUUGGAGUUUGGUGGGUUUGGUGGAUUCGGUUCUCCCAGAGUUUCUUUCCAAAAAAAGGUUCAAAAUGGUGGAGAAUAGGUGUUGCCUUAAGAGAGAAGGGGUGUACCGGUGGUUCUCGGGCCUGAGCUCGGCUCAGAGGGCCGAGUUCCUCUGCGGACUCUUGGACCUGUGCGUUCCGGUGGAGUUGCGCUUCCUCGGGUCCUGCUUGGAGGACCUGGCUCGUAAGGACUACCACUCUCUGAGAGACGCCGAGAUCAAAGCCAACAACCCGGCUGACCUGGCGCUCCUGGCCAACAUGACGGAUGAGGUGGUACGCAGCAAGCUUCUGGUCUCGCUGGCCCUACUCGGCUCAGACAACCGGGCGGCGGCGGGCGUGCUUUUCCGGACGCUCACGCAUAUCGAUGCCAUCAUCCACGAUUACGGGCUGCGGCUGAGUGACGGGCGGACCGGCGAGCAGUUCCUGCUGCUCUUCACCAUGGCUGCCAAUCACCCAGCCUUCAGCUUCCACCAGAAGCAGGUGCUGAGACAGCAGCUCACACAGAUCCAGGAGAUCCUGCAGUCCAACGGGUCCGACACGGCACACGGAGGAAAUACCGGAUCACCUGCUGUCCCUGCUUCAGUGUCCACGUACAUCAGCGCACCUGCACAUCUCACCUGCUGCACGAAGACCGUGCCCCGAGAGGUGACGACAGGCCCCGUGGAUGACGGUCUGGGGUCAGAGGUCAUGUCCCCGAACCCUGCGCCUUCUUGCCAGGAGCUGCCCAUCAAAAUGCAUGCUGGGAAACCUGGAAAAGCUCGAGUCGAGAGGAUCGAGCUGAAGGGAGUCACACACAAAGCGGACACAUCAACAGAAUACGCACUGGAGGUCGUGUGGGCCGACUCCACACUGUCGAUCAUUAGCAGGACGUCUCAGGAAGUGAUGGAGCUGGUGUCCCAGCUCUCCCAGCUCUUUCCUGAUGACUGUCUGGAGAAGUUCCUGCCCCAGCCUGGUGUUGAUCCUCAUGAGCUGGACCUGAGAUGUUUGAGUUCUCUCCCGGCUCAUGUUCUCCGACACGAGCGAGUGCGUCUCUUCUGCUCGUCCUCCAGCCCACAACCCCCCUCCAGCACAAAUCUGAGCUGUCUGCUUCAGUACAGAGGAGCGAGCAGGGCGGUGUGUGGCGUUGCGAGUGUUCAGCCGGUGGUAAACGUUCUUGCACCGAUUCCCCAGCCCUCGCCUGCACAUCUGCCCCCUCCGCCCAUCCUGCCCCUCCACCCGAGCCCCUCUGUACCCGCUAUAGGAGAGACCAACUCACCUCAGCAGCAAACACCACAACACCAACAACAGCACCAGCCACACCCACCCGGCCCCGAGCAGAACGGCAUCCUGGACUGGCUGCGUAAGCUCCGCCUCCACAAAUACUACCCCGUCUUCAAGCAGCUCACCAUGGAAGAGUUCCUUGCUCUGACAGAAGAGGACCUGAAUAAGUACGACCUCACUCAGGGAGCCAAGAAGAAGCUGAAGACCCAGCUGGAGCUGCAGAAGGAAAAGUUAGAGAAGAGAUACACUAUGUCUCAGUUCCCCGUGUCCUGUGGUGGAGUAGCGAGAGUGACGCCUUCCACUUACAACGGCCCGAUAACACACACACACUCAAGCAGCAGCAGUAACACAGAGCUGCGUGUGGAGGUGGAGGCCGGUUCUCUGUCCUCUCUCAGGGACAGCAGCUCAUCAUCGGGUUACUCCAGUUCUCCAUCCAGUCCCAUGACUCCUCUGAAAGAGACUCACAGACGUGCCGAUGUGGAGUGUGUAGAGAAAGAUCGUGUGUGUUUCCUGCUCAGCACCGCAGGUCCGAGUCGCCCGACGGCUCAGGUUCUCCCGGUGCAGAACGAUCCCUCCAUCUGUCCGUCUCACUCCAGCGUAUCCCUUCCCUCCCUCCCACUGCUGGCCCCGGGCCGAGGACUCGGCUCCGCCUCCCGCAAGCCCCGCCCACCCCUGCUCUGCACUGCGAUGGGCGUGGAAGCUCCUCCCCCAGGUCAUCAGGAAGCGGAAACGUGCACGGCGCUAACGGCAACCUCGAACACCCUCCAUCACGUCUCGCAUCCGACGCUACACUUCCAGAUUUCAGCCACGCCCAGCCACGCCCGAUUGGCUCAGUACCCAAACCCCGCCUCUUCCUCCUCCUCGUCCUCUUUCUCUUCCUCGUCGUCUUCCUUUUCCUUUUCCUCGUCCUCCAAACCCACCUUCUCGCCCAUCAGCGCUGUUCCCAUGGCGGCCGUUUCCGGAAACACCUACAGCGCCAACAGCGCGUCCAUAGUAGCCCCGCCUACCACCAGUCCUGUCACUACGGAAACGGCGUGCUACGGCUCCGCCCAGUCCAACGGUACGACGGCGUGUGUGUGCAGCUCGUGCGGCUGCAGUGGAAAGUGCGGAUCGUUCUACUUCCCGCACCCGUUCUCCGGUACGUCCCUGUUCACUUUCGGCCCGCUCCUCCACUUCAGCCCGCUCCUUGCAGGAAGUGGCUCCGCCUCCCCGUUCUCGUACCCGAUCGUAGCCCCGCCCCUGUACAACAGCAGCCUGUCACACGACUCGCAGCAGAACCUCGUCCUUCCCCCAAUGCAGGGCUUUCUAGGAGGCGGGGCUAACGUGUACCAGCCCUAUGGCAUGAUGGGAAACGGAGGCGCGGGGCAAAAGAAGGCGGGAAACGUUUCCUGCUACAACUGCGGCCUCAGCGGCCAUCGAGCGCACGACUGCAAACAGCCACCGAUGGAUUCGGCUCAGCAAGGUAUGUUUCGUCUCAAAUAUUCUCCUCAGUCGGAAGGCCAGGACUCUGGUGACUAGCCGUUAUUUACAGCGUGUGUGAAGUUUUCCAGGCAGAGCCCACAUCCGUGUGUGUGUGUGUGUGUGUGUGUGUGUGUGUGCGCUGGGUUUAAAGCAGUCUCCGAUUCUUUGAACACAGAACCCUUUUUGAGACUCUCGUGGACUUUCGCUCGGAGAGAAGCUUUGUAAUGGACGAGCCGGACGUCAGGGAUGAUUCUACCACCAAAACUCGUGAGGAACGUUGCGUAAAAAUGGCCGCCGGUUUUUAAGCGGCUCCUUCCUCAGGUCCUCAAUCGGCCUCGUCCUGUUUUAUCUCAGCGUUAUGCACUAAAUAACAUGCGAAGGUGCCCAAGUCUCGCACUUUCCUGUUGGACCUGGUGGGACGAAACACUGCCGGAUUUGACUGGACACAAAGUUUUGUUGCUUCAUUUAAAGUGGCUACGUGUUUUUUUUUGUUUUGUUUUGUUUUUUUUAACUUUUUAUAACAAGACUUUUUUGUGUUGAAUCUAUUUACGCUGUCUUUUUUUUGGAUGUUGAAAUAGUUUUUAAUGACUUCAGAAUUUUUUUUUUUAAUAUCAUGUUAUUUUUGCUCAGCUACAAAACCUACAGUGUUUACCGUCAUGGUGUUUUAAGCCACGCCUACUUUUUUUUAAACAGAUUUACAAUUUUUCUGUAGUAGCUAUGUGCCAAUAAUCAGUUCUGUGAUAUUCAACACGCACAAUAUUAUCGUUAAACAAUUUAGCCAAUUCUGUCUGUUAUUUUGGACAAAUUGGAGCUGAAAUCCCAGAAUUCUUUUUGUGCAAUGAGAGUAACCAGCAAAGUAAAAAAAAAAAAAACACUCAGUCAUGCUGAAUUGUUGUUUGAGAUUGUAACGAACAAUCGGGCGAUGAUCGUAAUGUUAAAUUUUAAUAAUGUCUUAGUUUAUUUUAGAGCUCCAGAUGUACAUAUGCAUGAUUUUUUCAAUAUUUCUAAGAUUUUUUUUAUUGCUAAGAGACAUUUUGAAUGAAUGUAGGUUCACAAACCUAAAUAAUUAGCACCUUAGCUAAUUCAGCGAGACGUCAGCGGCAGUUCUACGUUAAAACAUCGACAUGUUUUCAUUUAAAGUGCCAACUUCUUGUUCAUUUCAUUAGCUAACGAGUGACGGUUCGGUACAUUUCCUCCGUCAUAGCUCAAAUUCCUUUGCUAAUUUAACAAAGACUUCACUAAAUUUUCUUAGUUAAUUUAACAAGAACUUCGCAAAGUUUCUUUGGCUUAUUUAGUAAUGCCUGAGCUAAGCAUUCUUAGAUAAUUAGCGAGGUGUUUUUGAAUCAACUUAGCAAAGUUAGCUCAAUUUCAUAGAUAAUUUAAUAAAGGACAUCACUAAUUUUCUUUAUUUAAUUAGUAAGGUCAUUGCUAAUUCCUUUUCUUAGGAAAUUAGUUAGGACUUUGCUAAGUUGCUUUAGCUAGGUAGCAAAAACUUGGCUAAAUUAGCUAAGGGAAAAAAAAACUGAAAAUAAUUAGCUAAUAUAGUGAGGAUUUUGCUCAAUUUCCAUUUUGCUUUACCUUGUUAACAAGGACUUUGCUAAAAUGUGUAAAGAUGUCAUUUAAAUUGCUUAGAUAAUAUAGCAAGGAUUUAGCUCAAUGUCUUUACCUAAUGUAGGGAGAAUUUUGCCAAAAUUUCUUCAUUAAUUUAGUUCAGAGUUGCCUACAUUCCUUUAGUUGGUUAAAAGCCUUUCCUAAAUUAGCUAAGAAAAUUUAGCAACGAUUUGACUGAAAGUUCCUUGAAUAAUGUAGCUAGGACUUUGCUAAAUUUCCUCUGAUAAUGUAGUGAAGAAUUUGCUAAAUAUUCUUAGCUAAUUUAGCAAGGAUUUUUGCUUCCUUAAAUAAUAUAGCGAGCAUACUGCCAAAUUUGCUUAGCUAAUUUAGUGAAGAAUUUGCAGAUUUCCAUUGCUAAUUUAGCAAGGCUUUUCAGUAAAUUUCCUUGGAUAAUAUACUGAGGCUUUUGCUAAAUUUCCUUGGCUAAUUUAGUGAAGAAUUUGCUCAUUUCCAUUGUUAAUACUGCAAGGUAUUUUGCUAAAUUUGCAUAGUUUAUUUUGCAAGGAUUUUCAUGACAAUUCCUUUGAUUUUGCAAAAUUUCCAUAACUAAUUUAGCAAGGUAUUCUGCUAAAUUUCCUUAGCUAAUGUACUGAAGAUUUUGCUAAAUUUCCUUAGAUAAUGAACUGAAGAAUUUGCUGCAUUUCCAUAGCUAAUUUAGCAAGGAUUUUUUAUAAAUUUUCUUAGCUAAAUUAGGACAGAAAUUGCUAGAUUUCCAUAGCUAACGUAGUGAGGAUUUUGCUAAAUUUCCUUAGCUAAUUUAGUGAAGAAUAUUGCUAAUUUAGCAAUGUUUUCGACAUGUUUUCAUUUAAAGUGCCAACUUCUUGUUCAUUUCAUUAGCUAACGAGUGAUGGUCUGGUACAUUUCCUCCGUCAUAGCUCAAAUUCCUUUGCUAAUUUAACAAAGACUUCACUAAAUUUUCUUAGUUAAUUUAACGAGGACUUCGGCUGCCUGAUAAUAGCACUUCUAAUUUAACAAGAACUUUGCAAAGUUUCUUUGGCUUAUUUAGUAAUGCCUGAGCUAUGCAUUCUUAGAUAAUUAGCGAGGAGUUUUUGAAUCAACUUAGCAAAGUUGGCUCAAUUUCAUAGAUAAUCUAAUAAAGGAUAUCACUAAUUUUCUUUAUUUAAUUAGUAAGGUCAUUGCUAAUUCCUUUUCUUAGGAAAUUAGUUAGGACUUUGCUAAGUUGCUUUAGCUAGGUAGCAAAAACUUGGCUAAAUUUGCUAAGGGAAAAAAACGUCACUGAAAAUAAUUAGCUAAUAUAGUGAGGAUUUUGUUCAAUAUCCAGUUUGCUUUAGCUUGUUAACAAGGACUUUGCUAAAAUGUGUAAAGAUGUCGCUGAAAUUGCUUAGAUAAUAUAGCAAGGAUUUAGCUCAAUGUCUUUACAUAAUGUAGUGAGAAUUUUGCCAAAAUUUCUUCGUUAAUUUAGUUCAGAGUUGCCUACAUUCCUUUAGUUGGUUAAAAGCCUUUCCUAAAUUAGCUAAGAAAAUUUAGCAAAGAUUUGACUGAAAAUUCCUUAGAUAAUGUGGCUAGGACUUUGCUAAAUUUCCUCUGAUAAUGUAGUGAAGAAUUUGCUAAAUAUUCUUAGCUAAUUUAGCAAGGAUUUUUGCUUCCUUAAAUAAUAUAGCGAGCAUACUGCUAAAUUUGCUUAGCUAAUUUAGUGAAGAAUUUGCUCAUUUCCAUUGUUAAUACAGCAAGGUAUUUUGCUAACUUUCCAUAGUUUAUUUUGCAAGGAUUUUCAUGACAAUUCCUUUGAUUUUGCAAAAUUUCCAUAACUAAUUUAGCAACGUAUUUUGCUAAAUUUCCAUAGCUAAUGUACCAAUAAUUUAGCUAAAUUUCUUUAGAUAACGAAGUGAAGAAUUUGCUAAAUUUCCAUAGCUAAUUUAGCAAGGAUUUUUUCUAAAUUUCUAUUUCUAAUUUAGCUAGGAAUUUUUCUAAAUUUUCUUAGCUAAAUUAGGGUGGAAAUUGAUAGAUUUCCAUAGCUAACGUAGUGAGGAUUUUGCUAAAUUUCCUUAGCUAAUUUGGUGAAGAAUAUUGCUAAUUUAGCAAUGAUUUUUUUCUAAAUUUCCAUAGCUAAUUUAGCAAGGAUUUUGCUACAUUUCCAUAGCCAAUUUAGCAAGGAUUUUCACUUAAUUUCCUUAGAUAAUGUAGUAAAGCUUAAAUGUGCUACAUUUAGCAUAGUUAAUUUAGCAAGGUAUUUGUGAUAACAUAGCUUAUUUAACAAGCGUUUUGCUAAAUAUCCUUAGCUGAUUUAACAAAGGUUUUCAUGAAAUUUCCUUAGCUAAUAUAGCUAGGAUUUUGCCAAAUUUCCUUAGCUAUUUAGUUAAGACUUCAAUAAAUUGCAUCAUAAAAAAUGAGCUAAUUUAGCUUUAAAAAAAAUCUGAAAUUUGGAUGAAAUUCCUCAGCUAUUUCCGUGAGUAUUUUGCUAAAUACGCUUCCUGGACUUUGGGAGGAAAUGUGAACGUUCAGCUGUUCGUUUCUGCCAAACCCGUUUCUCCUUCAUUUCAUCAGCGAGCUCUGCAUGUCGCCUUUAUAACAGUUCUGUACACGAGUCUGUUUUUUUGGCAGAAUCUUUUUUUAAACAAAAAUGUCACUUUUUUCUGACAUUAUGUUUGUAUUUAAUGUUUGAUGCUGAAUUCAGAGAAUUGUUUGUAUCCAGAGUUAUUUUGUAUACCGUUAUCAAUUUGAGACAUUUCAGAAUUAAACUCGUUUUCAGAUUUACUUCCACGUGUGUAUGUGUUUGUGUGUGUGUGAAAUAGCUAGCUAGCAUGUAACUUUUAUUAAUAUUCUUUUACCAUUCGUACUUUCUCUCCAUUCCCAGAAUUCAACAGCGUACACAUUCUAAAAUAUCUGCUGUACGCCUCAACAUCACACCAUCUUUCAAAGAAAUAUCUUUUAUUCAGUUAUUGGUUUUGUUCCUUACACAGAAGUAUAGCAUAUGAACAUUUUUUUUUUUACAAGGAAACAUUUCUUUAAAUAAAAACAUUCAGGCUAAAUGCAAAGGAUAAAAGGCAUCUAAAGUGUUUGUCGUACAGUUAUGUAGACACGGCGACGUAUACACACGGGACGCGUUCAUAAAGGCGUAAAUAAAGCUCUAAGAAAACUCUAAAAAGCGUGCGAUGGAAGAAAAGCGAUGAUGUUGGCUGUGUUCCAAACACAAAUCAGCUCCCUUUCAUUUAUCUGCUUCUGCCCUUCUCGUUUUUUUCAGCUAAACGCUUUACAUGAUUGUUUUUUUUUUCCCUAUAAUCAG